AUGGAGGAGCAGGGUUCUCUGGAACCUGCACACCCCGGGUCGGGUGCAGGGCCUGUUGCUGGGGCUCCUGUUGGCAAGGUGGCAGGGCCUUCUGGGGAUGAAGGGGCAACAAUGGCAAGCUCUAAACUCUUCUGGUGUGCAUGUGUGAAGCGUUGGUUACCACCAGCUUACAGGGAAGAGCUCUACCACGUCUUACGUCUCACAGGUCCACUGCUGUUGUCUCGGAUUCUGAACUUUCUCAUGCCAUUUGUUAACACAAUAUUCUGUGGUCACAUCGGCAAUCCAGAGCUGGCUGGAUAUGCGCUUGCCUCAGCGACGAUUAACGUGACCACAACUGCCACAGGCUAUGGCCUUGCUUUGGCUUGUGACACGCUCAUUUCUCAGACAUUUGGCAGCAAGAACAUGAGGCGAGUGGGAGUGAUAUUGCAAAGAAUCUACACGGUUCUACAAUUCUUUGAUGCACUUCUGUGUGUCUGCUCAGGGAUUCUUGUGGGGUCUGGUAUGCAGAAAAUUGCUGCCUUGUCCAACUUGGUUAGUUACUACUGCAUCGGACUGCCAGUAGGAAUAGCUCUGAUGUUUCAUGCCCAGCUAAGAAUAUUAGGAUUGUGGCUGGGCCUCUUAAUCUGUGUUUUCAUUCAGACGGGUUUCUUCCUUUUUCUGAUCUAUAAACUCAACUGGAAAAAAGUCACACACAAGGCUCAACUGAGAGCUGGGAAGACAGUUGUGGUGACACCGAAACGUCCCACUAGUAUGGUGCUGAAUGACGGAAUGCUGCCAGAUAUCACAGACUACCCAGAAACAUUAAAUAGCGAAGCAUCUCAGAAGACGGAUGGCUACAGCCCUGUCACCACGCAGGAUCAGGUGCUGAGGGCAGCUAAUCAGGCUGAGGGGGACAACCCGACCAGAGGAAGCACUGAGGGCAAUGCAGAGCACGGCAAAAACACUUCCAGCAUCAAACAUCAAGGGCAGCUUUCCAUGUCUCAACUGAUCAAGCGUCGAGGACUCGCAUUGUUGGUUUCCGUUUUUUUAUUGGCCAUAGGUGUUGCAUUCCACUUUGCGUUCCCCCCACCUGAGCCCAGUGCCCAAAGUAGGGCCAACUUUACCCAAAAUUGGACCAAUGAUUCCACUCCUUCACCAUUGGAAACACUGAACCCAACCUCAACCUUCUAG